UAAGCUUCUUAUAUAAAUCAAAACUAACAAUCGAAAAUGCUCAAUUCGUUGAAAAAUCCAACAUUUUUCUUCUAUAAAUAAAAAGCAAAUGUUUUCAAAGUUAUUUUAUAGUUUCUUAUAAAUUAUAUUUCAAAUAAUGUCGUGAUAUAUUUGUUUUUAAUAUUCCCUCGACUUUAGGGAGGGUCAUAUGAAAAAAAAUAGAUUGUGUGUGCCUGUGUGUCUGCAUCGGGAUCAAAAGAACAUCAGGGUGAAAAAAAACAUCCAUUUAAAGUUCUUUCCUCCAAACGUUGACGAAAGUAAAUCGGGCUCGGGGAAUCCGAAUCUGAAGUUAAUUUUUUCAAAAUUUUGAAUUGAAUUUUUUAGGUCAAGGAAAGAGUUUAUUGAGAAAAUAACGAUAUUUUAUAAAAGUUGACGAAAGUAAAUCGGGUCGGGGAAUCCGAAUCUGAAGUCAGUUUCUUAAAAUUUUGAAUUGAGUUUUUAGGGUCAAAAAAAGGGUUUUUUGAGAAAAUAAUGAUACUUUAUGAAGGUUGACGAAAGUGGAUCAAGGUCGGAGAAUCCGAAUCUGAGGUCAGUUUCUCGAAAUUUUGAAUUGAAUUUUUUUGGGUUCUGGAGAAAAGGUUUUUUUGAGAAAAUAAAUUUUUUCUCGAGUGUAGGAAUGGUUAUAUGAAAUAAAAUAAGUUUUUGUCAUAGUGAAAGGUGAAACAUCAUAAAAAAGGUUGGCUAAGUAUUCGAUUCUCGUGCUUUUAAUUUUGAAUUUUCAACCAAUUCAAUUUUUCAGAAUGAAAAUUCAGUCAAUCCGACAUAUGUGAUAAGUUCUCCCUUAAUCAGCUGUUUCAUAACUGGGUGUCCAUGGAUGAGACUUGUAUACUUCUGUCUGAUACAGUCGAGAGUCAAGUGAGUCGAACCGACGAACUUUACUUGUAGAUAUUCUUGUAGAACUCGUUGUAUUCUAUCGAAACAUAUAAAAAUAUGACAAAAAAAUUUUUGCUCGGUUUCUCAAUCACUGUUGCUGCUUAUAUUAGUUUGCUCUAGUGUUUAAAUUUUAGUAUACUUUGUUGUUUUUUUCAGAUACUUUAUUCAAUCAUCUUAUUUAUUAGAUAGUUAAAUAACGAUGUUAUUGUAUUGUAACUUUCGAUGUUUCUUAUUAUACAUUAUAAUUGAACAAUUUAGCAUAGAAUAUGUAACAACAAGUUGGCCGUCAUCAAACUCUUCUAGCAUUCGUCUGCUAGGACUUUUUCGAUACAUACCAAACGCAUCUGACCCUACCAAUAUAUAUGCCCAUUCUUGGGCUAUGUUUAAGGCAGCAGUGUUGCUUUCUCAUCAAUAUAAUAUAACAAUCGAAGGAGAAUUCAUAGGAUGGCAAGCAGAGCAAACUACUGAUAAUAUAAUAGAUGCUCUGAACAUUGCGUGUCGUGCAGUAUCUGUUUCAAAUGUUGUUGGUAUCGUUGGUCCAACUGUAUCAAGAGACGUUCAUGUAAUUGCUCCUUUUGGUGAAAAAAUUGGUAUACCUGUUAUAUCACAUGCUGCAACUGAUCCUGAUUUAUCUGAUCAAAAUACUUAUCCUAAUUUUUAUCGUACAGUUGCUUCGGACUUUGCAGCUGCAGCAGCCCUUGCAAAACUAUUCAUUCGAUUUAAUUGGACAUCAUGUUCAAUAAUUUAUCAAAAUGAUGCAUUUGGAACCGGUGGAGCCAAAGCUAUAAGUGAAGCAUUUAUUAAAAGCGACUUAACAGUCAGUCAAAUGAUUAUAUUUGAUAUUGCUAUGCUUAGUACUCGUGGUGAUUUGAAAAGCCUUUUAACUAAUGCUGCAACACGAAUUGUUGUCUUAUGGGUUGAAUCAAUUUAUACACCUUUGAUUUUGCAAAAGGCUCUUGACUCUAAUGUAGUUGGUCCAUAUUUUACAUGGAUACUAAGCAGCAGUAUUUCAUUAAAUUCUUUCAAUCAAACAUUUUAUCCAAACUUAAU